AAUCUAUAAUAAUAUCUGCUGAUAAUUUUAGGAAUGAAGUUGCAUUCCCUGAAAAACAAUCACACUUUCAUUUGUCCUCUAUUUUUAUUGUGAAAAUAUGAAAUUAGUAUUUCAAAUUCUUCUGGCUUUGAUAUGUUUCGUGUACUUAUUGAAAGUUGCCUCCACAGCAAAUAAGUCAGAAGAAGAAAACUUGAACCCACAAUGGUCAUAUUGUUUCGAAUUCACAUGGAUGGGUCCCGAUUACGACAAUUCGACACAAUACAAUGGUACUUGUGCAGACUAUUUGGAGGAAAGUGGUGCAAAAGGCAUCCCUUGCAAUCCGCCGAUAGUGAUAACAUAUAACGGAACUUUCCCGGACAUCGACUAUCUUUGGAAAUACCAUAGAUCCAGUAUUGUUUGUCGCCGUUCCAGUGGACAAGUUUGUGCAAGAUAUGCAUAUUACUACAAUGGCGCGAUGACAAAUGCAACAUAUAUGUGCACUAAAGUUCAAGUUGUUGGAGAGGAAUCUGUUAGGAAAGGAUGUUUCACUCAGAAGGUCAGUGACUAUGAAGUUGAAAUAUGUGCUUGUGUCUCAGGAAGAGGAACAUAUAAACCAUGUAAUAUCCAUUUUUGAAAGGAUUAAAAAAACAGAACGAAAAAUUUGUUUUUCAAAA